ACUCUCAGUUGAAUACACCCCCAGGAGUCUUUGUAUUUUUAACAAAGAAAUUUAUAUAAAUCCAUUCAGAUCCAUUAUAAAAUCAAAUCUAUUAAUAAAUCCGUAUGAUUGAAUUGCACUUGAUUUAUAUUAGAAUUUAUAAAUCAUAAAACCAAUAACACUUGAUUUCAACAAGUAUGUUAAAAUCAUAUAAUCAAUAACAUUAGAUUUAGUUUAGAUUUUCAAAUGCAUUAAAAUAGACCGACCAAUUCUUUUAUACAGGGAAUGAUAUUAACCCUGACCUACUUUUGGCUGUUUUUCUCCCUGCUCUUCUUUUUGAGAGCUCAUUCUCCAUGGAUGUACACCAGAUCAAGAGAUGUCUUGGACAAAUGGUUCUGCUUGCUGGCCCUGGUGUUUUGAUUUCCACGUUUUGGAUUGGUUCUCUUUUGAAGCUCACUUUUCCAUAUAACUGGGAUUGGAAAACUUCAUUGUUGCUUGGAGCACUUUUAGGUGCUACCGACCCUGUGGCUGUUGUUGCUUUGCUGAAGGAGCUUGGUGCUAGUAAGAAGAUGACCACUAUAAUUGACGGGGAGUCCUUGAUGAAUGACGGGGUAUCAGUUGUGAUCUUCCAGUUAUUCUUGAAGAUGGUGAUGGGGAGUACCUCUGAUUGGGGUUUCAUAAUCAAAUUUCUUGCUCAAAACUUGUUUGGAGCUGUAGGCAUUGGUGUAGCGUUUGGCAUUACAUCAGUUUUUUGGCUUAGAUUCGUGUUUAAUGACAUAGUGGUUCAGAUCACUGUAACGCUUUCAGUUAGCUAUUUCGCGUAUUACACUGCUCAAGAGUGGGCUGGAGUUACUGGAAUUUUGACUGUGAUGACUUUGGGGAUGUUUUUCGCUGCAUUUGCAAGGACAGCAUUUAAGGGUGACAGCUACCAGAGUUUGCAUCACUUCUGGGAAAUGGUCGCUUAUAUUGCAAACACAUUAGUUUUUAUACUCAGUGGUGUUAUUAUUGCUGUAGGCGACUUUAGCAGUCGGAAAAUAACUUACGAAGGAGCCUCGUGGGGCUUUCUUUUCCUCUUAUACUUGUAUGUCCAACUAUCCCGCUGUGCAAUGGUUGGGAUUCUGUACCCAUUGCUACGUCGUUUUGGCUACGGCUUAGAUUGGAAGGAAUCCAUCAUACUCACGUGGUCUGGAUUAAGGGGUGCUGUGUCCCUAUCACUCGCUCUAUCUGUAAAACAAUCAAGUGGCAAUUCGUAUAUUAGUUCGGAGACGGGAACAAGGUUUCUGUUCUUUACUGGUGGGAUUGUGUUCCUAACUUUGGUUGUUAAUGGAUCCACUACCCAAUUCCUCUUGCACCUUCUUCGCAUGAACACUUUAACGGGCACCAAGAAAAGAAUACUGGAGUAUACAAAGUUUGAAAUGAUGAACACCGCCUUCAAAGCUUUUGAAAAUCUAGGAGAUGACGAGGAGCUUGGAUCUGCUGAUUGGCAUACAGUUUUAGGACAUAUUCCAAGUUUGAAAAAAUUACAAGGGGAACAAGUUAAUCCUCAUGAUGGGUGUGAGGCUGGCAAUGUUGACCCAAGGAAUAUAAUGGACAUACGUAUACGCUUCUUAAAUGGUGUCCAGGCAGCUUACUGGGAGAUGCUUGAUGAUGGGAGAAUCACACAAGGUACUGCCAACGUUUUGAUGCAAUCAGUAGAUGAGGCACUCGACCUUGUUUCUACAGAGUCUUUAUGCGACUGGAGAGGUUUGAAACCGUGUGUUCGUUUCCCAAAGUAUUACAAGUUUCUUCAAUCAAGAAUCAUCCCCCGCAAGUUGGUCAGUUAUUUAAUCGUUGAAAGACUCGAAUCUGCUUGCUACAUUUCCUCUGCAUUUCUCCGUGCCCAUAGGAUUGCGCGACAGCAAUUGCAUGGCUUUCUAGGUAACAGUGACAUUGCUUCUUUUGUAAUCAAUGAAAGUGAGGUGGAAGGAGAAGAAGCAAAACAGUUCUUGGAAGAUGUCCGUGAUUCAUUUCCUCAGGUUUUGAAUGCUUUGAAAACAAGACAAGUAACACAUUACGUGCUGAAUCAUCUAAAUGGGUAUAUCAAAAACCUUGAGAAGGUUGGACUGUUACAAGGAAAAGAGGUUUCUCAUCUUCAUGACGCUGUCCUGUCUGACUUGAAGAAGCUCCUGAGAAAUCCUCCUUUACUAACACUUCCAAAUGCAAACGAUUUGAUCACCACCAAUCCCUUAUUGAGACCUCUCUGAGCAAUGUUAGCUCCAGCUUCAAGGAGCUUUUGGACAUGGACGAGACAGACUCAUGAACCUAUCCUGUUGGUUUCAAGAUUUCAAUUCAGACUCUUCUUGUCAGAAUCAACUCGAGGAGACUCAGUUUCAUGAGCGGGUCAGGAACUCGUUCUUUACUUUUUACUUCUUUUUUUUGCUAGUUUCAGGAUCCGAGUUCAUGCAUAUAGUUUUACUUGUAGAGAAAAUACAUUUUCAAGGGGAAAUUGUAAAAUAGUUAUUGAAUAAAUUUGAGAGGCAAAAAGUAAGUAAAUAAAUUUAAGCUAUUAUGGUUUAAUUGGGACUCAAGGAAAUUAAUAUCAAUAUCAAUAACAAAACUAAAAACGCGUUAACUUGGUACCACAGAAAGAAGAGAGUCUAGGACCACUUCAAACUAUGAACAGUAACUAUUCAAAAGUAAACCUAUUAUUAAUCACUUUUAUGCAACAUAUAUUGAGACCAUAUUUAUAUACAAAUUUCCAAAAUCAUAAAUGAAUUUGUAUGAAAUGAAGAAAAAUAAGAACGAGCCAACGCGUAUUGAGAAUUUUAACGCGGUCACUGUAUAUCGUUACAACGCUUCCUAAUUCCUAUAUUAGAGUGACGUCGGCAGUUCCAGCUUGCAGACACAUAUCUCCUCACUACUACUAAACCAAAUCAAACCGACAUAAACCGAGCAGAAAGAAAAAAAGAAAUGGCUGGAAGAGAAUCUAGUCUAGUCCCAAAGAGAGGAGAAGUCCUGAGAAGAGUUUUGAGAGUUGUUUUCUCUUCUUGUCUUUGGUUCUCUUCCCGGAGAAGUAGACAGUCUCGCGUCCGAUCAUCUUCUUUUGUCACACCUUCUCUUCAAAUCAUCAAGCAUUAGGGAAACUUUAUUAUAUAUUAGGAUCAACCAAAUAAGGAUGAAACCCAACUCUCUGUUUUCUUCUUUCAACUUGCUUCUUGAUAAAGAGUCGACGACCCAUACGAUACAAGAUGGUUUCAGAGUCAUCCAGAGGGCACUUCAAAAAUGUUGUAGUAGUUAUGUAUAGGCCACUGUAGUGUUUACUUUAUUUUUUUUGUGUAGUCGUAAAUCUCAUUAUAGAAACUUAAAGUCUGUUUUAUUUUCUAUUAAUGUUUCAUAUUGUUUCAGACAUGUCUCAUCUAUUGUAACGUUGUUUGAUACAAUCGAAGUGAAGCAAGUAAAAAUAGUACCAUGGUUAAAA